ACAUGAUUGUCUCCCUUCUAAAUAAUAAUAAUAAUGAUGGAUGCUGGGCCUCGAAAGGGCGAGGGGUUGCCCAAAUUGAGGGACCUCUUGCGGAGGCAAAGAGAAGAUUCGCUGUCAGAGAGUAUGACUGAUAGUCCAGAUAUAGAAUUUUUGUAUGAUGAUGCAGACACUUACCAGAGUGAAAUGUCAGAAUUAUAUAGUUACACAGAAGAAAGUGAGUUUGCAUUAAAUAGAAAGUGCUUUGAUGAUGGAUUCACAGCAAAAGGAUAUGACAAGUGGACAGAGACAUCUAGUGAAAAUAGAAAGAAACACAUCGUGUACCUACAAAAUGAACUAGAAAUAGCCAGUGAAGAAAGGAGAACAAAUGCUGUACAUGCUGUUCUUUAUCUUGUCCAAGGUGUUUUUGGAGAAUGCAAUUCAUUAGAAGAACAGAUGGACUGGGAACACAAAAAUGUGCAUAUGUUAUAUGAACAAGGAAUUUUUACUUCUUUUGUGGAAUUAUUAUCCUUUGAAACUGAAAAUGGAAAAGCUGCAGCAAAUGCCUUGAUUAAACCAGCAGUAUCUUUAGCAGAUAGUCUAGACCUUAGGAUGAUAUUAAAUGUAUUGUACACUAUGGUAGAAACCAUGAGAGUACCAUUACAAUCUGAAACAGAGGAACAUAAACGAAAUAGAGAACUUUUUAGAGAGGAAUUAGUUCAGCCAUAUAUAGGAGACUCUGUCUUACUUGUUAGUUUGUUUGUCAUGGUAACAAAGUUCUGCAGUGGAAAUGCUCCACAUUUUCCAAUGAAAAAAGUUUUGUUGUUACUUUGGAAAAUAACUUUGAUUUGUUUAGGGGGGUUAAAAGAUUUACAAGACACAAAGAAUAAAGUGAGAGAGGCUCAUGGGAUAUCUCCCCUACCAGAGGAUACAUAUGAAGUCUGUAAGAACAUGAGAGCCUCAUCCCCACCAGCGUCUGCUGUAGAUUUGAUAGAACAACAACUUCCACGAAGAGCUUUCAGGGGAGGAAAGCGGGAUGAUCUGUUUAUGAUGAAGAGUAGUUUGAAUGAUGACCCCUUUGAGAAUGAGAAUGGUACGGAUGAUCUGAUGAAAGAUGUAGACGGGAUGAAACCAAAUGGUGAUGAUGAGCAGCUACCACCAACACCACCUAGACCCUCAACACCAACAGUUCCACAGUAUAGAAUAUUACCAUGGAAACCGAAAGUUAGACAAAAAGAUUUAGAGUUAUUUUUAGAGCACACAAGGAAGAAAUUUGUUGGUUUCCAUGUAAAGAAUGAUUUUACAUCUUUAGCUGGGUUACCAAGACCAAUACAUGAAGGUGUAAAGGUUCUAAAACAGCAUUUAUACAUAUCACUCACAGAAAUUCAGAUAAAAAAAGAGGAAGAAAUGGCAAAGAAUCCUUUGUCAAAGCCCGAAGGAGAGAUCCAGAGUACUCCUGUAGAAAUAUUUUAUCAGGAAUUAUUACCUAACUUGCCACAGUACAUGAUUGCUUUGCUGAAGAUUUUAUUGGCAGCAGCACCUACAUCUAAAACAAAGACUGAUUCUAUAAAUAUCCUGUCUGAUGUUUUACCCGAAGAAAUGCCAACUACUGUGCUACAAUCAAUGAAACUUGGUAUAGAUGUCAACAGACACAAAGAAAUCAUUGUCAAGGCCAUAUCAGGGUUAACUUUGUUACUGUUGAAACAUUUUAAACUGAACCAUGUAUAUCAGUUUGAAUUUAUGAGUCAACAUCUUGUGUUUGCUAACUGUAUACCAUUAGUGCUCAAGUUUUUCAACCAGAAUAUCAUGUCCUACAUUGGUGCUAAAAAUAGUAUACCAGUGUUAGAUUUCCCGUGUUGUGUAAUUGGAGAUCAAGUUGAACUGACAGCAGAGGCAUUGGAGAAUGGUGACAAUCAGCAGUAUUGUUGGAGGAAUCUCUUUUCUUGUAUAAAUCUACUGAGAAUUCUCAAUAAACUCACAAAGUGGAAGCACUCAAGAACAAUGAUGCUUGUAGUAUUCAAAUCUGCACCAAUCUUAAAAAGAGGAUUGAAAGUAAAACAGGCCAUGAUGCAGCUCUAUAUUCUAAAACUACUGAAGAUGCAAACUAAGUAUCUAGGUAGACAAUGGAGAAAGAGUAACAUGAAAACAAUGUCAGCUAUUUAUCAGAAAGUCAGACACAGACUUAAUGAUGACUGGGCUUUUGGUAAUGAUAUGGAUGCAAGACCAUGGGAUUUCCAAGCAGAGGAAUGUGCCUUACGAGCUUGCGUGGACAGAUUUAACAACAGACGUUAUGGGAACAAUGGAACGGAUCCAGAUUUUAAACCAGUUGAUAAUUGUACACAAAGUGUGUUGGGAGAAGAUCUUGAACUUUGUGAAGAUUUUAAACAAAAUUAUGAACGAUGGUUAGAUAUUGAAGUCUUUUCAAAUCAAAUUGAUUGGGAUCAAGUGAUAGCUCAUUAGUAUGCAUACCUAGACUUAGGGCAUGCAGUUAUAUGUUGUCAUCAAGGCUAAGAUGUUGGACAGGAGCUUAACUUUUGUCUCGUCAACUUAAGGUUUGCUUGUCGUGACCCCAGCCUCCACUGAUACUAGGGAUUCAUCAUUAUUCAUUGGAUACAAAAUUUGGUUGGUAUAGAAAAAUCAGGUUCACUAAAGUGCAAAUUUUCUAUUGGCAUAUACAUUCAAACUUUGAUAAAAAACAUGAAAUUAAAUAUACAAAUUUUUUAUUUCCCUCAAUUCAUGAAAAUUGGUAUCUGCAAAAACUUUUAAAACAUAAAAUUAUGAAGAUAUAUCCAGGUUCAGAAUUUUAAGUUGAAUAUGAAAUAGAGAUUUUGGUCCAUAUAAAAUAAUAUUGCAUACAUUAUUUGCAUUGGGAAUUUUGAAUUCAAAAUAAAUAUAUGUUUAGUCAUCUGUGAAUUGUAAAUAAUCUCCUACCCAAAACAUAUACAAUGUAAACCUGUUUUUGGAUUUAAGUCAAAUAAUUGUCUCAUAACUGAACUAAUCCAAGAAACUUUAACAAUCGAGAUAUAAUCAGGUUUUUUGUAAUGAUCAUAUGUGAAAGGUAAAAAGACAAACUAUAUAUGGAGAAAAUGGAUAUGAUAAAAUUCUCACCACUUAUAAAAAGAAUAUAUAAUCUCAUAUAUAUUGUGAAAAGUGACUAACUAUGUUCUAUACUCUUAAACAUUGUCAGGAGUGGAGUCAUGUAUUACAAAAUCUUAUAAACUCUGAGCUGGUAUUGCAGUUGGAUAAAAAAUAUGAAUGAAUUUGAAAUUAUGUAAAUUGUUAUUUAUUAUUUAUAAGCUUUAUAAUAUCAAUAAAUAUAUGUGAAGAA